GGGAAGCCAAACAAACCAAAAGUGGAACGAGACAGCGGAAGUUUACAGUGCUCGCGCCGCGCUGACAUGUCAUCUGCGCGGUUCAAUGGUACGAGCCGCGCGGCCGAUUCGUCAGCGCAGCGCGGACGUGUUUCCUAGCGAUACCCAAUGGGCAGCGCGGCGCGAACAAUCCUCACCAGCGCAGCGCGGACGUGUUUCCUAGCGACACUCAAUGGGCAGCGCGGCGCGAACAAUCCUCACCAGCGCAGCGCGGACGUGUUUCCUAGCGACACUCAAUGGGCAGCGCGGCGCGAACAAUCCUCACCAGCGCAGCGCGGACGUGUUUCCUAGCGACACCCAAUGGGCAGCGCGGCGCGAACAGUCCUCACCAGCGCAGCGCGGACGUGUUUCCUAGCGACACUCAAUGGGCAGCGCGGCGCGAACAAUCCUCACCAGCGCAGCGCGGACGUGUUUCCUAGCGACACCCAAUGGGCAGCGCGGCGCGAACAGUCCUCACCAGCGCAGCGCGGACGUGUUUCCUAGCGACACUCAAUGGGCAGCGCGGCGCGAACAAUCCUCACCAGCGCAGCGCGGACGUGUUUCCUAGCGAUACCCAAUGGGCAGCGCGGCGCGAACAAUCCUCACCAGCGCUGCGCUGACCAAUUUAAACAGAUACAAGUUCAUUUGGCGCCACUCAUUUGCAUUUAACCUCUGCAAGUAUUAUUAUUUUAAAUGAGUGAGCUAAAAUGGCUAGACGCAUUUUGGAAACAAUUUUAACUACUCCUGACAUUUUGAAUAGAAUUGAGGAGGCUCUAGGGGACAGAGAAAAUCAUUCAGAAAAUGAGAGACGAAGACUUUUUAACCGUUUGCCACAAACCAGACCCACUCCAGCGUUCCAAUUCGCACGUAACUUCAGUGGUGAGGCCUCACGGGGAACUGUGAACAUGAGAAGAAGGUGCCAAAGAAACACAGGUGGUCCCUUCAUUAGAGAAGUGUGUCUAUUGACCUCCCCAGAAACCACAGUUGUACCAAAGGGAAUGGCUAGAGUCCAACUCCUAAAUAAUGGUUACAUUAUCAGUGGAGUACAAUUCCAAAAACGUUGGAAUUUCCAGCAGGUGUUGCAGCAUAUUCAUUCUAUUUUUGAAUCAAAACUUCAACUCAACACUGAAUUGGAGAUAUUGAGAGCUUUAAACACACAACUGGUCAAACCUACACUGGAACCUGGAGUUGAACUGACUGGAACCAUACUCUGCAUGCUUUUUAAAGACAGAGUCAUCUAUGUACGCCCUUCUGGUGACCUGUCUCAGCCUGAUCAGGUUCAAACUUCAGCUGAAGCACCAUUACUAGCCCAGACAACUGCUGCCUGUCCAACACAUGCCCUGCCACCAUCAUCAGCAGCACAGAGACCUGAAACAGUAGUCACAUCCCAACUCCAAGAAACAACAUCUCCUGUGACGUUUCAGGCAACAACUAGUACGCCUCAGCCACUGUCUGAAGCUGCUGCUGUUUCCACUACUUCAACAUCAUCAUGGGAGCAAAGUACACCCCAGUGCUCUCAUAGUACUACAGAAUCACUAUUGGUCCCACUGACAUCUACCUCUCCACUUCCGAUCCAGGGCAAUGAGAGCCCUGUGAUCUAUGAAUGGGUGAAUGCUGGAACUUCAGAUGUGGGCUACAGGGUUAUACCACCAGCAAAUGAAGAACAUUCAAACUCUGAAGUCCAGAAUGGGGAGGACUCUGUGGUUCUUCUAACAGACACAGAGGAAGAAACUGUUAUGUUGGGCUCUCCUAAUUACACCAGUUCAGACUCUGAAGAAGCAGAUUUGGCUGACAUUCUGAGAUCAUUCCAGAAGGACCACCUUGACACCCAAAAUUGUGCCAUUGUUGUUGCAAGACGGUCAAAAAUUCUUCACAGUGCCUGUCAAGCUCUGUCAAAAUCCUACUUUGCUUGGAACAGAACUCCACGAAUUGAGUUUGUUGGAGAGUCUGCUGAAGAUCAUGGUGGGCCACAAAGAGAGUUCUUUAGGCUCUUAAUGAUUGAGGCACAGUCAGCACUUGGAAUUUUCGAAGGAAAGCAAGGCCAGGUUUUUUUUGCCUACAACCAGUCAGCGCUAGAACAGAACCGGUUUUACACAUGUGGAAAACUCAUUGCUUGGUCACUGAUUCAUGGAGGCCCAGGCAUUAAAAGCCCUUCAUCCAGCUUUGUAUUUGAUGAUGUGUGGACAGGAAGGGCAGUUGGAUAGGUUUGAUUUUCAUGACUUGCCAGAUGAUGAAGUGCAGUUAAAGGUGCAACAGAUCAAGCAGGCCAAAAGUGUGGAAGACCUCAUUUCACUGAAGGCCUCUCUUGGAGACUGGAUUGCAGAAUGUGGGGUACCCUCGAUCUACAGUGCUGGCCUUCCUGAAAUGCCCAGAGUUUACAGCCUGGUCAUUAAACACUUUAUUUAUCUUAGGCCUGCUAGCAUGAUUUCACAGUUUAAGGCAGGAAUGAAUUCAUGUGGAUUCAUUUGGCAGACAGUAGAAAACAACUGGAUGGCAUUCAAGCCUCUGUUCACUAACACUCAGAAGCCACUGACAAGAAGCGAGUUCAAAGACCUUCUUGUUGUGAACUGGAGUGAUGAAGGCAGCAACCACAGACAGGUGGAAGAGGACACCAUCUUUGCUUGGGAAUGUUUACUCAAUAGCAUUCAGG